AUGCCCUGCCUCGCCGAAGCCGCCAAGGACCCCGAAGCCCAGCGGUCGCCCGAGCCCUGUGGCCGCGCCUGCUGCCUGUUGCCCUGGGUCCUGAGCGCCUCGCUGCUGUUGCUCGCGGGCAUCCUCGCCGCCGCGGCUGCCCACGCCUGGAUCUUGCCCAGCGCUCCCGCCUCGCUCAGCCAGGACCCCGCGCCCAGCCCGACGCUGCCCGAGGUCUCCGAGCGGCAACCCGACCCCUGCCCCCAUCACCGCAGCACCCCACAGGGUUUGUUCGCCAAGCUGGUGGUGAACAGUGCGCAGCUGACCGACGGACCCCUGCGCUGGCACAGCAACCGUGGCCUGGCGGGUGUGUACCUCUCUCCGGGCCUGAGCUAUGACGAGAACACGCAGGAGCUGGUGGUGCCAGAGGCCGGGCUCUAUUACGUCUUCCUGAACCUGGAACUGCGGCGCGUGGUGGUGGCCAGAGAGGAGUCUGCCCCGGGCUCCACCUCCGGCUCAGUAUCCCUGCAACUGCAGACUCAGGGCUUGGGGGGUGAGGCCCUGGCCUUGACCUUGAACUUGCCACCUCUCUCCUCGGGGAACUCAACAGCUGCUUUCCGGAGUGGCCAGCUGAAUCUGGCCGCUUGCCAUCGCCUGGGCGUUCACCUGAAGGUCUCCGGGCCUGCCCUGUCCCACUGGCAGCUCUCCCAGGCCACAGUCUUGGGCCUCGUCAGGGUGAUCACCGAAGACCCUGAACUACUGUCGCAUCAGUCCACGUGACACCUGAACCUUGCCUGCCUUUCUUCUUUGGGGUCCCUAGCGAUGGGUUCCCCUCCUCUACCUCAUCUGGGCAGGGGUUCGGCUGCUGACCCCUCUUGGAGGACUCUCCACAUCACUAUCACUCCUGCCCCAAGUUGAACUCUCGGUAUUUAUUCUGAGUCUGGACACAGACCGUAUUUUAUAUUAAUGCAUUCAACUUAUAUUUAUUGGCGUCUGCUACUUUGCAGGGCCAGAGAAACACCAGCAAACAAAACAGGCCAAAAAAUCCUUAUUUAUGUUAAUAUAUGAAAAAUAAAGACUCACCCCCAGCCCUCCUUUGGGACUUAUAGCGUUAACUUUGGGGGGCCACCUGACUGUUGUGUGAGUUUCGUUCAUUCAUCCUAAGAUUUGAUGAGCAUCUACUGUAUAUCGAACGCUGUUUUAGAUGUUGGAGACACAGCGGUGAGCCAGGCAGACAACACUGCAGCUUUGGGCAAACAAACGGGCAGCCUGGUGCACCUUGGCCAUGACAGUGGGUAUGUAGCUGGGCCGCGUGAGAUGGCUUGUGGUCCCGGAUGCUACAGCAUGUAUAAACUGAAUGACUACUUGGUAUUAAUUAUAUGCCAGACAGUGUGAAUUAUCUUAUUAGAGACUCAUACCUAUCCUGUACUUAGGGAUUUUAUUAUUCCCACUUUAUUCAUCUCUAUGGGCCUCCGGUUAUUUCUACUGUGUCUGUGACGGAAAUACUGUAUGGUACUGUCCUGCAGGGCAUUGCUUUCCAGCUAGGCUCACUGACGUCACACUAAGGUAUGUUUACACUGCAGGAGUCUGCAGAUGUUCCAGGUCUGGUCUGAGUUUUCCUCUGCUGAUCCUCUUGAGUGGAGAGAAUGAGGCUAAUGCAGAUUAGACUUUAAAUGUGUCUAGUUAGUACCUGUUACCCUGUGAAUAACACACUAGAACUUGAGGAAGUUGUUGUUUAAUGUUUUCAAACCAUUAUCUGAUUUAGUGAAGAAGUUGCUGACAGCAAGCCAAGUGUGGUCAGACAUCCUUGUUCCAUUUCAUCUGAGUCUUUAAAGCAACAUGAUCUGUGUUCACUUGUUUGUCACUUGCAGCCAUAGCUUGACUGGGUACAAGAGUGGGAAAAUGGUGUGUUGGGAGCACUAAUGGAAAAUAUGGAAUUUGGAGUAUAUUUUAUUCUAAGUUGUAUGCUGCACAUUAUUUAUGCCAGUACAA